AUGGUUUUGGCGGACCUCGGACGUAAAAUUACGUCGGCCCUGCGGUCGCUCAGUAACGCGACUGUCAUCAACGAAGAGGUUUUGAAUUCUAUGCUAAAGGAGAUAUGCGCGGCAUUGCUUGAAGCUGAUGUAAAUAUUAGAUUAGUGAAAAAAUUACGAGAAAAUGUGCGCCAGGUUAUCGAUUUUGAAGACAUGGCUGGUGGUCUUAAUAAAAGGAGGAUGAUACAAAGUGCAGUCUUCAAGGAACUUGUAAAAUUGAUUGAUCCUGGUGUAAAAGCGUAUCAACCAGUAAAAGGCCGUCCUAAUGUGAUUAUGUUUGUCGGUUUGCAAGGUUCUGGUAAAACCACCAGUUGUACCAAACUUGCAUAUCAUUAUCUUAAGAAAAAUUGGAAGGCAUGCUUAGUAUGUGCUGAUACCUUUCGGGCAGGUGCAUACGAUCAGAUAAAACAGAAUGCUACAAAAGCUAGAAUACCAUUUUAUGGAAGUUAUACAGAGGUGGAUCCUGUAGCAAUUGCACAGGAUGGUGUAGACAUGUUUAAAAAGGAAGGAUAUGAGAUAAUUAUUGUAGAUACAAGUGGAAGACAUAAACAGGAAGAAUCAUUGUUUGAAGAAAUGUUGCAGGUCGCCAAUGCUGUGCAACCAGACAAUAUAAUCUUUGUAAUGGACGCGACGAUAGGUCAAGCUUGUGAAGCACAAGCAAAAGCUUUUAAGGAACGCGUUAAUGUUGGUUCUAUCAUAAUUACAAAAUUAGAUGGCCAUGCUAAAGGUGGUGGGGCACUUUCUGCUGUUGCAGCAACACAAAGUCCUGUAAUAUUUGUUGGUACAGGAGAACAUAUAGAUGAUUUAGAACCAUUUAAAACAAAACCAUUUAUUAGUAAAUUGCUCGGUAUGGGAGAUAUUGAAGGUCUUAUUGACAAAGUAAAUGAACUCAAUUUGGACGAUAACGAAGAAUUACUUGAGAAGAUCAAACAUGGUCAAUUUACUUUACGAGAUAUGUAUGAACAAUUUCAAAAUAUUAUGAAAAUGGGACCAUUUUCACAAUUAAUGGGUAUGAUUCCUGGAUUUAGUCAAGAUUUUAUGUCAAAAGGAACAGAACAAGAAUCAAUGGCAAGAUUAAAGCGACUGAUGACUAUUAUGGAUAGUAUGAAUGAUUCAGAAUUGGAUAGUAGAGAUGGAGCCAAGUUAUUUAGUAAACAACCUGGAAGGAUAAUGAGAGUAGCAAGAGGUUCUGGUGUAACAGAAAAAGAAGUUAAAGAUCUAAUUACACAGUAUACAAAGUUUGCAGCCGUUGUUAAGAAAAUGGGAGGCAUAAAGGGUUUAUUCAAAGCAGGAGAUAUGGCGAAAAAUGUUAAUCCUACACAAAUGGCAAAACUGAAUCAUCAAAUGGCCAAAAUGAUGGAUCCGCGUGUAUUACAUCAAAUGGGUGGGAUGCCAGGAUUGCAAAAUAUAAUGAAACAAUUACAACAGGGUGCUGCAGGUGGAUUGGGAAAUUUAAUGGGAGGUUUUGGUGGCAAAUCUUGAGACAAGAUUCCAGGCAGUGCCAUUAAUAGCCCAUUCUUCGACAUACUUUAUCAUUUUUUCAAUUGCUCAUCAAAUCGUUAAAAAAAAUACUUUUGAUGUAAAUGCAAUAAAUUAUUAAAAUAUGCUACAAAAUUCAUGCCAUAAUGGGAA